AUGUCCGCCGCGGCCGAUGACCUCGCGCGCCGCGUGGCCGCGUUCCUCCCCGUCCCGCUCCCGCCGCCGUCGCCGUCGCAGAAGCAGCAGCUCUCCGGCGUGGCCGCUGCCGUGCUCGACGCCGGGGGACGCCUGGGCCGCGCCAUUGGCGACGUCUUCUGCCGCCUCCGCAUCGACGACACCUUCUACUCCGGCGGCGGCGUGCCAAAGCAGCGCCGGCGCAACUCUGGCAAGAAUAAUGGCGGGAGAUCGUCGGCGGCGGCGGCCAGCAAGGAGGGGGCCACCACCAGAGGCGGCGACCCCCUCGGCUCCUCCGGUAGGUUCGCGCGGGCGCAGGGGAGCAUGAACCUGUCGGCGACGUACGACAGCAGGACGAAUGACGUGGAGAGCUCGGUGGUGGCCAGAGGCGACCUGUGGCGCGCGGAGGCGUCGCACAGCAGCAGCAGCGGCGGCGCCGCCAGUGGCUCUGCCCUGACAGGCGCCGGCGCCGGCUAUGGUGCCAACCUGUUCCUCGUGCAGCUCGGCCCGGUCCUCUUCGUCCGCGACACGACGCUGCUGUUCCCGGUGCACCUCUCCAAGCGCCACCUCAUCUGGUACGGAUUCGAGCGCAAGAACGGAGUGCACUCGGUUUGUCCUGCUUAUUGGUCGGCUCACAAGAGAUGGUUCUUCAUGUCCAUGUUAUGCCUGAACCCAUUCGCUUGUUCGUUCAUGGAUAUGCAAUUCCCAAAUGGGCAACUAAGAUACGUUGCCGGCGACGGCUUCACGACGCGCGCUUUCCUUCCUCUCCGUGGUGGGAUCCUGCAAGCCCAUGGAAAAUUCCCGGGGGAGAAGAGGCUCAGCUUCUCUUUCAAGAACAGGAGUGGCGGCAGCGUCGUCCCAAUGGUCCAGUGGCCGGAUAAGUCUCUCUCGCUGGGGAUCGUCCAGGCAUUGUCUUGGAGGACAUCUGGCUUGAUCCUGCAGCCAGCAUCACAGAUAAGCAUAUGCCCGACGAUCGGCGGCCGCCAUCCUGGGGUGUGCAUGGAGCUGAUCCAUUCGGCGAACGACAAUGUCGGCGUAGUCUGCGGCUACUCCCACACUGCUUCCCCUUCUGCAUACGCCUCCAUAUCGAUCGGAAGAUCGAAGCUGAAUGGCGGAGCGGCAAGCUGCCAUGAGUAUAAGCCUGUGCUUUUUAGUAAACGCUACAGCACUAUCCCAUUGCAAUGGAGUAUAUCCAUCUCUCUGGACGUGUCAAGUCUUGGGCUUUGUGCCCUAAUCAGCUGCUUGUGGUUGGCCAUCAGGAGCACCGUCUUCCCGGCGACGUCGUCGUCGGGCGAGGAGGGGUCGCCGUUGUUACCACCGGCGGCGGAGGAGGAGAUCACCGAGGAGGGCGGGACGCCGCGCAAGGACGGCGCCGCCCCGGUGGUGAGGCGGACCGGGCGGUGGCUGUCGUCGUCGCCGGGGACGGUGCUGCGGACGAGGGGCGUGCGAUCGGUCAUGGUCGGCUUCGUCCUUCUUGCCUUGCUGCUCGACGCGCGCAGAUGGACGGGCCUCGACGCUACUACUUCCGGUACAUCCACGACGACCUACUUCCGGCUGGUGGUCGUGGGCGGGUGCGCGUACGUGGAGACGUACCGGCGCGCGUACCAGACCCGGGACGUGUUCACGCAGUGGGGCAUCCUGCAGUUGCUGCGCCACUACCCAGGCCGCGUCCCGGACCUGGACAUCAUGUUCGCCUGCGAUGACCCGGGCCAGGUGCGCGCCGCCGACUUCCCGACGACGCCGUCCGACGCGCCGCCCGUGUUCCGGUACUGCAAGGACGCCCUGACGCUCGACAUCGUGUUCGCGGACUGGUUCUUCUGGGGCUGGCCGGAGGUGGGCAUCCGGCCGUGGCCGCAGCUGCUGGAGGAGAACUGGCAUUAUGCAAUUCAAAACGGGUUCAAAGAUUCGAGAAUACCUAAGCAAUGCAUUUACAGAUACAAGGUUUACGUGGAGGGGAACGCGUGGUCGGUGAGCGAGAAGUACAUCCUGGCGUGCGACUCGCCGGUGCAGUUCGUCACUACGCCCUUCCAGGACAUCCUGUCCAGGGGGCUCGUCGCCGGCAAGCACUACUGGCCCAUCAACCGGGAGCACAUCUGCAAAUCCAUCUAG